AUUGCUAAUUUUCCCCAAUCCGAUCAUUUGUUUUGUUGGGUUUGUACUCUAGUCCAAGUAUUCUAGUUACUGUUUAUUUAAAUAUAUACGCAAAUGUACUUAUAACAAUGAUUAUUGAUUUUGUCAUGAAGGUCUAACGGAUAAUAAUAAAAAUAAUUGAGUUAUUCUUUGAAAUUUCCCAAAUUCUUUGAACAUCAAUCUAUAUGAAUGCAAUCAAUAAUUACUAUAUACAAUUUGUAGACAUUUUCUAAUGUCUGAUAUACAAUGACAGGAAUGUUUAUUUUAUUAUAAGCUAAUUGAAUUACGUAUUAAAUACACGAGAUAAAAAAUGAAUACACGUCCGAAUGGAAGACGUAAUUCAGUCCUAUUAAGAUUGGAUAGUGGAUCAAAGGCUCAAAAAUGUAGACGCUCAAGUUCAUCAGUGCUAGAACCGUUGGAAGAUAUGGUCACAUGUCCAAUUGAUUUAAAUUUUUUAGAUAACCCAAAAUUAUUACCAUGUGGCCAUGCCUUCUGUUGUAAAUGUUUAAAUAAAUAUAUGGAAAAAUUGCCAACAUCACCAACCAAUGCUAGAAAUACUACUACUGUUUCCAAUAAUAAUGGUCAUAAUAAUCAUAAUAAUAACACGAAUACCGGUAAUCUUCAGGAUCAUAGAAAUGAUAAAUCCAAUGAAAAAACAUCAUUUCCUUGUCCAAUAUGCCGUGCAUUAUGUCCAAUUCCAGCUACACGUAAUGCUGAUUCAUUUCCCAGCGCUUUUAAUCAUAAAGCAAUUUUAGAAUUUUUAAAAAGUAAUCAUAUUAAUAGUUUUGUAUCACGUAUGAAUAAUAAUAAUAAUGAUAAUAAUAACGGAGUGAUCGAACAAACUGAUAGCAAUGGUAAAAGUCCAGUACCUACUCGUAAAACAUCAUUACAAGUUAGUUCAAGAAUGUUAAAUUACAUAGUAGACGAUAUUGCAUCAAGACAACGUGAAGGACGAAUGAAUGCAAUUGAUCGUGCUGUAAUCAUUGAUGAAUUUAAAGAGAUUUUAGUAAAUUUACAAGCAUUCGAUGAUAAAUUACCAUUAACAUCUUUAAAUAAUAAUAAACAACAUUCAUUAAAUGUAAAUAAUAUAAACUCAUUAGAUAAAAAUACCAGUCAUGAUACUAAUAAUAAUGGUAAUAAUAAUGGUUGUACUACUAUUAAUCAAAAUACUAAUCCACGUUCCGGUACACCAUCUACUAUUUCACCAACUAAUUCAAUACGUCAUUUUGGUCGAUUUCAUGCUGCAGCAUCACGUAUACGUAGAUUUACAGCAAGUUCAAUAUCAUCAAAUGAUUUAUUACCGAUAGAAACAACAUCAUCUUAUAUAUCAUAUCGUGAUGCUGAAGGUUUACGUAUAAUGAUGGAACGUAAUUCUAAAUUUCAUGUACUUACCAAAGGUAAAGAUUGUUGUAUUAUGCGACCAGGUGAAAUAUAUCAACCUGUGGAUAUGAAAUUAAUGAUCAAUCAUGAAGAUAACAAUUGUAAUAUACAUCGUUUUACAUUAACAACAAAUUUAAAAUGUGAUGAAUUAUUAUUAUGGAAACAGCAAUUACAUUUUAACAAUGGAUUUUUCAAUCUUAUUCAUAAUAAUCAUAAAUAUGGAUUAAAUCAAAUCAGUAGUCAAAUUAUUGUUGAUAAUUCAAAUCCGAUUAAAAUUUUGUAUUUACGUUUUCAUGGUUCUGUGAUUUAUUUAACGGGAAUUAUUACACCGAAUACAUCAACUGCAUCUACAUUGGAUGAAGCAGAAGGAUUAGACUCUAUAGAAAAGUCGGAAUUUGGUAUCCUAGUCUGUUGUACAAUUUCUGAUGAAGGUCAUCCGAAUAAGAAUAAUACAGCUACUUUGAUCAAUGGUGCUGGUAUGGAUAAUAAUAAUAAAGCCAAUUCUGAAUCAAAUCAAAAUACAUCAUCAUCGACUAAUCCAUUCCCAAUUAUAGCUACUUCAAGUUUAUUUUAUCGUGAUACGGUUGGUUUAGAAAGACAGAAUCAACCAAUUGUCUUUGGCAUAGAUAUUGAUCAUACUAAUGGUGAUAUUUAUGUUGCACAACCAGCGAAUGCAAUGAUAUGUCGUUUAAAAUCGAAUGAUUUAACUAGAAUUGAUCGUACCUGGUAUUUAAAUGAUCCACAAUUAUCACCUUACUUUUUAUGUUUAGCUAAAAAUGAACAAAAUGUUUGGGCAACAUGUCCAACAGAAGAUAAAGUGUUGAUUCUAGAUAUUGAUAUUGAUGGAUAUUUUCAUUUUACACCAAGUAUUUCAUUCAAUAUAGUACCUGGACAUAUAAUUUACACAUCAGAUAAUCGUAUCAUAUUAUUAGAUCAGUCUAAUUAUGACUUGUAUUGGAUAACAAGAAUUGAAAAAGCGAUUUGUGUCCAACGUUUAUAUUAUAAUAUCGGUAGUCAUCAAGCAAAGAAAUUUCAAAUUAUGGCUAUACAACCAGUAUACAGUGAUGAAAUUGUUCACACUAAUAAUAAUAAUAAUACUACUAAUACCACGAGUAGUAUUAAUCCUUUAUCCCAUUCAAAUCAUCCCCAUCAACAACAAACUAAUCAUAAUAAUGGUAACACACACAAUCAUUCUAAUGAAAAUGGUAAUAAUAAACUGAAAUUAUUUUCAAAACAUUCCUUUACUACUGUUACAUCAUUAUCACCAUCAUCACAGUCAAUUGAUAAGCUACGUGGUGGUAUUAUGUGUGCGCAUAAUUACGGCUGUACUGUGAUUUAUCCACAAAAAUUAUUUUCACGUAAUAAAUCAGCUAAAAUAUCAUCUUGCUUAAAUUUAUGCGGUAGGAUAUAACGAUAACAUAAAAGAAACAGGGGUUUUCGUAAUUUCACAAUUUUUCUCUGUUUUAAACAAAAGAAAAGAGGAAACUAGUCAAAGAGUGUGGAAUAAAGAUAAAUAGUAGAAUAAUGACCCAGGAUGAAAGUAACAUUCAGUGAAAAUUUGUUUAUUUUGCUUAUUUGUGUUUCUCUUUUUUUUAUUACUGGAAAAUAAUUUCCUUCAAAUGAAUUUAUUGUUGCAUUUAUGUUUUGUAAAAUUACAAAACAAACGCAAAAAAAACAAAACAAAACAACAACAGUCCAACUCAUUUCUAUGAAUUCAUAUUAAUUAAUUCAUAGCUUCUACCUGUGUGCCUCUUCACAUCACUUAAUACAUACACAUGUUUUAUCGGUAAUUCAAUUGAGCGCAUUGAAUACAGCAUGUAACAUCACUGUCAUACCUUUCUCUUGAAGUUAUAAAUAAGAUAUGGGAAGAGAGAAAGGGAGGACAUUUUCUGGUUUUGUUACUUAAGAUUUUGAAUUUUUAAUGAUCAAAUUAUCAUCUUGUAUUUAUUUCACAGUUACUGACCCAUUGUUUUUUGCCACGUCUAUUUCAUGAUUUGUCUACUCCUCUUUUUUUAUUUAAACAAUUCAUAUUAUUAUUGUUAUUUUAAAUUUUAGUUUGUAAAUGGUUUUACAUAAUACAAUCAGUUUGUAUAGCUGUGUAUGAUGGAUACACUAUACAUUAAGAGAAAUUUACCAAUCUCAUUAUUUAUCUUCAGCUUGUCAUGCAUAAUUUAUAACAAAAACAAGCUAAGAAAUUCUAUUUG